UUUAAAAAAGAAUUGUAGCACAGUGUGUUCUCUAUGAGUUACCCCAAAGGCAACGGUUCACUUUCUGCCCAAAAUGGCUGGCAAACAGGCUGUUUCAGCAUCAGGCAAGUGGCUGGACGGUAUUCAAAAAUGGUAUUACAAUGCUGCAGGAUUCAAUAAACUGGGGUUAAUGCAAGAUGAUACAAUGUACGAGGACGAAGAGGUAAAACAACCCAUAAGAAGGCUUCCAGAGAACCUUGAUAAUGACAGGAUGUUUCAAAUUAAGAGGGCACUGGACCCAUCCAUGAGGCUUCAGAGCUUGCCUAAAGAGCAGUGGACCAAAUAUGAAGAGGAAAAUUUCUGCCUUGAACCAUAUCUCAAAGAGGUUAUUCGGGAAAGAAAAGAGAAGAAUGGGAAAAGAAGUAAUCAUGUAGUUGAAGUCUGUGGAUGCAGCUGUUAUGAAGAUGAUUAAACUUGAAACAAACAAUUUUAAGAAUUAUUUGGUCUGCAGAUGUUUUACUUUAAAUAAAUGUCUA